AUGCGCUAUUUUAACAAAGUAACGUUCGGGAUGGAAUUUCGUGCAGUUCGUAGUAUCAAGGCUGGUGAAGAAUUAUUCACUUACUAUACCGAUCCCGUCAUCCACACGUCUUCUCGACAAGAAGAUCUCAAACCAUAUGGAUUCCAGUGUGGCUGUGAGUCGUGUAGAACACCGUCGGACUCUGACUUCGUGCGAAUGCAGUUGUACCGUAAUACACCUAUGCUGGUCGAUUACAAGCGUCUCGUGGUUUUCCUCAUGACGCCUGGACUUCCAGAGAGUUACGUGGUCGACCAUUCCCUCCAACAGUUGGAGUUGAUUGAACGCACGGGACUGGAGGGGUCUGAGUUUUACUCAUCGCAUCUCAAAUUCUUGGUCGAGGCGUACUGCGCGGUAGAAAACCUUCAGAAAGCCUUGAUCUAUUUGCGCAAACUUGAGGACUUCAAACGUGCGGAAUCAGGGGGAGAGGAGAAGUCCGUGAAGACGCUCAUGCAGAUGGUAAAAGAACACCCGAGAUGGGGUUGGAAGACGAAGAUACAAGGAGCCAUGGAAGUUGCUGGAUUCUAUGCUCAUUGCUCGAGUGUUUUGUGA